CUGUAUCCCUAUUUAUUCAGUGCAAUAACCACGAAUGAAAUUCCAUUCUACCGUGGAAAUCUACAUAAAUUCGCCUAGUUAAUGGCGAUUUAGAGAGCGAAUAUUUAUCUCAGUUAUUUUUUUUCUUCAUUUCGGAAAGAUUGUUGGCUUGGCAAGAGUCAAAAUACAUGUAUGAAUGGCGUGAUAGUGUAAUUAUGGAGCAGAGUUGGCUCGACCUCGGGAUUUUUAAACAAUUGUUCUCUGCAUAUUUUUAGUUUCUCCCUUUCGAAUCGCGAGUUUACACCCGAAACGAGGGAUUUUCCUGUUUAAUUCACUUCAAGAUAGUUUUGGGGUGAACGUUUCGGAGUGAUUCGGGGGAAUCGCAAUGUCUCGAUCGUGAAUGAUUCAAUUUGUUAACUGGAGUGGUACAUAACUCUCAUUAUGUCAACAGUGUCCAGUGUCUUUUGUGAUGGUUGAGGAAAAAUGAAACCCAAAAUGCCACCUUUUAGGAGAAAAAAAUCUGGCAAAUCAUUCCCGGUUAAAGUUUGCACUUUGGAUGCAGAAUUGGAGUUUAAUCUUGAGUGGAGAGCAACUGGACGAGACCUAUUUGACUUGGUCUGUCGAACAAUUGGACUAAGAGAGACUUGGUACUUUGGACUGCAGUAUGAAGACGCCAAGGGAUUCAUAUCUUGGCUCAAACUUGACAAGAAAGUUCAGGACCAGGGAAUUUCCCAGCAGCCAACCACUCCCUUUAUGUUCCUCGCGAAAUUCUAUCCAGAAGAUGUGGCUGAAGAACUAGUCCAGGAAGUCACGCAACAUCUGUUCUUCCUUCAAGUGAAGCAAGCCAUUCUGUCAAUGGAUAUUUACUGUCCACCAGAGGCUUCAGUCUUACUGGCUUCCUACGCUGUCCAAGCAAAGUAUGGAGACUACGACGAGGUAUCCUAUCGACCGGGAAUGCUGGCGAGUGAGGAUCUACUGCCCCAGAGGGUCAUCGACCAGUAUCAAAUGACUCCAGAGAUGUGGGAGGAUCGUAUAAAGAUUUGGUAUGCUGAUCAUCGUGGAAUGUCCAGGGAUGAGGCUGAAAUGGAGUAUCUCAAGAUCGCUCAGGAUCUUGACAUGUAUGGAGUCAAUUAUUUUCCAAUUAGCAAUAAGAAAGAAACUGAUCUCUGGUUGGGCGUCACAGCACUGGGCCUCAACAUCUACGAGAAGGAGAACAAAUUGGCACCAAAGACGACCUUCACGUGGUCGGAGAUACGUCACAUAAGUUUUGAUGAUAAAAAAUUUGUGAUUAAACCGGUGGACAAGUCAUCGCCCAAUUUUGUAUUCUUCUCCUUGAAAGUUCGGAUGAAUAAACUGGUAAAGAAACAAUCUGAUGUUGGAAGAUGGGUGAUGGGAUUGGUAGCUUUAGGGUUGAACGACCAUGACAAUGAAAAAGCUGCACAAUUGUUAUUUGUUAAGAUUCUGGACCUGUGCAUUGGGAACCACGAUUUAUUUAUGAGGAGGAGGAAACCGGAUUCCAUGGAGGUACAGCAGAUGAAGGCACAAGCCAAAGAGGAAAAAUCUAGGAGACAAAUAGAGAGGAAUAAAUUGGCGAGGGAGAAGCAGCUGCGUGAGGCUGCAGAGAGGGAAAAGGCAGCCAUGGAGCAGCGUCUCCUGCAGUACCAAGAGGAGAUUCGUCUGGCGAAUGAGGCUCUCAGGAGGUCUGAAGAAACUGCAGACCUCCUAGCAGAGAAGAGUCGCGUAGCAGAGGAAGAGGCCAUGUUACUCAGUCAGAAAGCCUCAGAAGCCGAACAAGAAAUAACUCGAAUAAGAUUGAACAAUAUGAAAACUGAAGAGGAGAAAGUACAUUUGGAGAGAAAGACGAGGGAAGCUGAGUUAUUGACCGAGAGAUUGGUGCAGGAGUCAGAGAGGCGUGCAGCUGAGGCGGAAAAGCUCAAGGACGAGCUUCUCAGGGCGAGAAUCGCUGAGAAGGAGGCGAAGGAGAAAUUACUGGAGUUCCUCAGUAGAAAUGCAUACACAGCUGCCAUAACGCCGGUGCCAAAUCUCUUCCCCUCAACCCAAGUGCUUCCCUCAGACCUCCAGGCAGACCUGCAGACCCUCCAACUAGACGCAGACCCUCUCCCCUCCGACCUAACGUCAUACGAUUUAAUCGCUGAUGGUGACGUCGAUCAACUAUCCCUCGAAAUUGAGAAAGAACGUGUGGACUACUGGGAGAAGAGCAAACACCUCCAGGAGCAGCUGAGGGAGCUUCGAUCGGAGAUCGAAGUGAUGAAAGUGGGUGAGAAACAGUGUGAACUCGAUCAGCUGCACGACGAGCAAGUAAGAAUGGGUGAAAACAAAUACAGCACAUUGAAAAAAGUCAAGUCAGGAUCGACUAAAGCCAGAGUUGCCUUCUUCGAGGAGCUGUAGAUUUUUGACAAUCUUCAAAAUUUUCUCAUCAUCUAUUUUCGUAAAACUCGUGUACAUAACGCAGGCUCGACGGCUCAAAGGAAUUCGUUGAGGUGCGUAUCUCUUUCAUCUGUUGAAUUAACAAUUUAUUCCAAUUUAUCUCUUUCGUUGAUUAAUAGGGAAUUGUUUUAUGUACAAAGUCAACUAGUGAAAUUGACAGUUGUUAAUCAAACAUCAGACAUUGUGUGUAAUUAAUCAUCAGUGUAAAUUAGCUUUGUGAGUUAGUUAUUUUAGUAAUUCGAAUACUUUUGCCAUACAGGACUUCCAUUGUGCACAGUAUUUACAGCGAAUGUCCUAGAGACUAGAUUUAUUUUUAUGAAUAUAUCAUGAACGUGGAAUUUUUGUUCUUUCGUGUGAUCUAGUAGGUAUCAAUUAUCCACGACAAUUACUGCAAUUAACAUUAAGUGCCUUAUCAACUGUAAGUGCUUGGAAACAAUGUGGGGGGGGGGAGCUAGUGACGAUGGAAAUUAUGUUCAAUAUUUUUUGCACAAUUUAUGAGAAAAAUUAUGUACUGAAAUACUUGUUUAAAAUAAAAUGUAUUAUUUUGAUAGUA